CUCCAGGGUCCCGGAGGGUCUUGGGGCUGCUCACUUUGCCAGGUAAAGGCUAAACCAAGAGUGAGAAGGACUGGCUCAUGUCUCUUUGAGACUGUAUGCCUUCAUCUUCACCAGAUGUUUGUGGCUCCUCCCAAAGAGCUCAACGAAACAUUCCAGCCCACCUCUGGGACUCUGCUGGCUCCUCUACACACUCUCACUGAACUCCAGUCAAACUUUUACAGGAGCUGAAGAGACUGAGCUGACACAAAAUGAGAGGACUUGUUGUCUUGGUUACUUUGGCCUGCUUUGCCAGCGCUCAGCACCAAGCGCUGAUUGACUACUUGGAGCGGAGGCUACUUGCUAUAGAGGACCGUAUCUCUCUGUGGCAUGAGCAGACCACUCGCUACGCCUCAGAGCUGCGGGAGCUGAAGCAGCAGAUGGUUUCCCAGCUGGAGAACCUGGACAAAGAGAAAGAGAUACUGCGAAUUAAUCUGGACAGUGUGGGGACUCGGGUGGACCGGGUUGAGCGUGAACUGGACUACUUGGAGACCCAGAACGGGGCUCAGCCAUGUGUGGACGUGGACGACAAGUUGAUAGAGCAACAGGUGACUCUGGUGAAGGAGAAGCAAAAGGCCAAAUAUUCAAAACUCUCAGACUGCAGAGACAUGAUCUCCAGCAUAAAAGCCAUGAAGAUCUUGAAGCGAGUUGGUGGGCCAAAGGGCAUGUGGACCAAAGACACCAGCAGGGCCUCUGGGAAGGUCUACAUUUUUAAUGGGACAGAUGAAGACAUGGUCUAUGAGUUUGCCUCUGUGCAAGAGUUCAGCCGCUCGUUGGGCAUGUCUCUGUCAAAGCAGCUGAAGCUGCCGUCCGCCUGGAAAGGAACAGGGCAUGUUGUCUACAACAAUCACGCGUAUUAUAUUAAUCAGGUUGAAGGGGUGACGGUGGUCAAAUAUGACAUGAAGAACAACUCUGUGGCAGACAGCGCAGUGUUCCCAGUCCAGGACCAUGUCCCGGUGUACGGACUGACCCCUGAGACAGCAAUGGACUUGGCCGUGGACGAGGAAGGCCUGUGGGCCAUUUAUGCCACACGGCAGAACGAGAGGCACAUCUCUCUGGCUAAAAUGGACGCCAACUCACUGGACAUUGAGCAGAUGUGGGACACAAACUGUCCGAGAGAGAACGCAGAGGCGGCGUUCGUCAUCUGCGGCACGCUGUAUGUGGUGUACAACACCAAGCACCCCGGUCGUUCACGUGUCCAGUGUGUGUUCGACGUCAACGACAUGGUGACCAAUGAAGAUGCACCACUGGUUUACUUUCCAAAACGUUACGGAGCUCACUCCAGUCUGAAGUACAACCCACAGGAGCAGCUGCUCUACGCUUGGGAUGACGGCUACCAGAUUCUGUACAAGCUUGUCAUGAAAAAGAAACUAGAGGUUUGAGCUGAAUAAAACACACCAACAGCCUCCCAAAACUUCCACAAACACACCCGAUAACCCUUUAAGAACCAUAUCAGCGUUUGGCCAGUUGUAACUCUUUAAAUACAAAUCAUGUAUAUUUUAUAUCACUGCUGAUCAUGUUUAAAUAUUCACUUUUUUAAUGUGACUUUUGUUACUUUUUAGUCAGCUGCUGGUCUCCAUUCAUUUCCGUAUGAUAUAAAAAUCUACUAGCAUGCUCUUGAAAAUUGCUUAAGUUGUGUAUUUUCCAUCACGGAAAACAUCGAUUUAUAUUGUUACAUGGUAAAGUAGCUAAAAUCUAGACUGAUUUGAAAGGUCUGUGCUGCAUUACCUCACAACAAUUACCAAAUUACAGAGUUUGCCUUUGGAUUUUCACACCAUAUGGACAUAAAUGGGAAGCAAUGGCUACUUGAAAGGAAGGAAAGACACAUUCAGAAAUUGGAAACACUAUUGCAUGGUUUGGAAAAUAGCCAGCAGUGAUAUUAAAUAUUAUACAAUGGGCUAAACAUGAAAAAUCACCGGAAUGGUCCUUUAAUUCUGAAUCUCUAAAAGCAUAAACAGAUCCAAAAGUGCUGUCUUGUAGAAAAGGUAUCUGUACACUUUCACACACUCACAGAUGUGAACGCAGGAAAUAUUUUUCCAAAAUACUUAGUUGAUUAAUGAUAUGAUUUCUUCAUCCAAGGAAAAGUUGUGUAAUGGCUGCCACAACCGUAUUGCUUAUCAGAUUGCACUGCACCUUCAUCAUCUUCACAAACAUGUCUGUGUCUACUGGCAAGUGGACUCGAAUAGAUUUACUGUACUUACUUGUGAGCUCUUCUGCCACUCUCCUCUUAAAUUUCUUUUUUUUUUCACGCUGCAAAUACAGGAAAAUAACGAAGAUGAUACAUACUCACCUUAACUUCACUAGAGAUGGUUUUGGAUGAUAUAAGUACUUGUGACCUUUAAUCUAGUGUUGUUUUUUUCAUGAAUGCUUGAUUUACUGUUGGCACAUCUGACUAAAGACCCUUUUCACAUCAUUUAACUUCUCGUACACACAUAUAACUAAUAACUUGGCUUCACUCCACUCAUGUAAUCCACGACCAGGGCCCUGCUUUUGUGCACGCUGGCUCAUUAAUCAACUUACUGAAACCUAAAAGGAGCAGAGCCAUCAUUAAUUUUAUUAAUAAUACUUGUGCUAUUCCUGCUAUGAUAAGUCAGAAUGUCUACUGUGCAAUAGGACUAUAAAUAUUUGUUUUAAAAUCAAAUCGGCUGAGUUUUACUUUAACUGAUCAGCUGUGAGAACGAGAGCAGCUGUUAGGUCUGAUUAUUAUUUGCAUAGUUGAUCAUUAGAGCUUAUAAAGGACUUCCAUGGCAGCUUUAAGGCUGAAAAUGUUAGUUCAACUGGAGUUAAGAGCUUUUAUUUGCUAUAAACAUAUUACUGUGUGGGAACUUAAAGACAGAGGUAACAAUAUGAGUAGCAUCCAUUAUAAUUUAAUCUAAACAUAGGCUUUAAUGCCACUGAGUUAAUCCACAUAUCUAACAUUUAUUAUAUUGUUUAAAAAAUUUAGAGGCAAUGCUUAGUUUGAGGAUGGCAUGACUAUGUUUUCUCCAGUUGUUCUUCAGAUUUCUCUCACUAUCAGAAAGCUCCUGUGUCGUCUCUUCUGAUGUAACGACAGCAGUGUGUGAGCUUAGAGCAGCAGUUAAUAUAAAUAGGAUCUCUUCAAUGAUCAGCUAGCAGGCUAGUACUGUUACCUUCUCUCUGUCUGUCUUAUCCAGCACUCCAGUGGUUAAAGUCAAGCACAUACAGUAUGUAAUGCUGUUAAGUUUAGAUGUUGUGUUUUUUUACUGUAUAAAAUCACCAAAAUGAACAAAAAGCACCACUAUUUCAAUGAUGUCUUUCAUAUAAUGCUAGUGUUUAAUUUAAGAAAUGACAUUUGUAUUUUCUGCUUGUAUUAUGCACAUUUCCUAUCAUUUACUCAGACUUCUGCCUUUGUUCACUAUGAAUAAAAAACGUUUUCACCUAACAGAGUCUGUCUUUUUCUAUGAACUGUAUAGAGGGACACAACCAGGACCAUUAAAGCCACUGAGUAGCAUUUGAACAUCUCACUUGGUGUCACCUGGUGGAAGUAUGAAAAAAGACACCGUGACAGAGAGAAAGGAACUCAUAGCUUUACCUCUUUUCCUGAUUUCACUCUUUGUUGCUUUAAGGUGAACUUCUUUAUUGUCUGACUAAUCAAAAUAAAAUGAUGGAUUGCCUUUCAUUUGAUAAC